ACAUGCAAAGUUGUUUGUGCCCAAUGGGAAUUUCAAAACGUAUUAAUAACCCGAUAUCACUUCAUAUGAUUUAAGAGAAGAAAUUGAACUGAACUGCUCUGAAGAGUGGAUCGCACCGACUGUUGUAGCUUCAAGCACGAAGACUUUGCAAGAAUUAUGUAGAAUUGAUAGCGAAAUCAUUUGUUUGAAAGUAUAUAUUGCUGUGGUUUAAAAAAACAACAACAACAACACAAUUUUAUGAUUACCUUGUAAAAAACCGAAAUUCGUGUUUGUUAGACAUUUACGCUUGAAGACUCCAAAGAAUUAAGCAGAUAUGGGACUAUAGUUCUCUGGAUAAAGAAACAUGUUGUUACCUCUAAGUUAUGGCCUGGAAGUGAUCCGUUUUCUGGACCAGACUUCUCCAAGACCAAGAACAGGGACGGAUCCCCAUUACUCAGACAAUGAAGUUCACCGUCAUAGGACAAAUGAUUAUCCUGAUGUAAUGGCUAGCGUGAACCUGAAACAAAACCGAAAGCCUGCAGAGCUAGUUUUCCGGGAUGUGUGUGUCUUCUCGGGAGAGAAGGAAAUCCUGUGUAAUGUAAGCGGAAAAGUCCGUCCAGGAGAGUUACUAUCUGUGAUGGGACCAAGCGGAUCAGGUAAAACCACACUACUGAACACGUUGAGUGGGCGACAAAAGAUCAAUUCCGGUCUCAUCACUGUAAACGGUGAGCCUAUACGAAAACAGCAAAGAAGAAAUAUUUGUUAUGUUUUACAAGAAGACGUGUUCUUCGCAAAUCUGACUGUUCGACAGGUUUUGACGCACUCCGCCCUACUACGUCUACCAGACGCUAUGCCGUAUCAUGAAAAAAUGUUCCAUGUAGAACGUAUCAUAGACGUUCUGGACCUUAGGCAAUGUCUAAAUAAUAUAAUUGGAGACGGACUCAAGCGAGGGUUGUCGGGAGGAGAAAAGAAACGAACUAGUAUUGCUUGUGAGUUGCUUACAAACCCUACUACCAUGUUAUUGGAUGAACCAACGUCGGGCCUUGACUCUGGCGCUGCCGUCUCUCUCAUGUCUACCUUAAAGUAUUGCGCAGAAAAAGAACACAAAACUGUUGUUGUUACAGUCCACCAGCCGUCCAGCCAGAUUUUCCACAUGUUUGAUCGUCUGCUUUUAUUAACUGACGGUCAAGUCGCUUACUUUGGACCUACUAAUGGAGUUUUCGAGUUUUUUAGUAAUAUUGGUCUGCACAUAGCUGCACAUUAUAAUCCUGCGGAUUUUAUUAUUGGGCAACUCAAGAAAAGCUCAGGAAUAAGAGAAAAGCUUAUAAUAGCCGCCAAGGAUCUCAGUGAAGUGAAAGAAGUUGGUAUUGACAUUGAAAAUACUUCUUCAAUCUGUGAAUUUUCUCAUCUGACCAGUCUUUAUUCUACAGAAGCAGAGGACACCGCCGACUCUGGAGUGUCAUCUUGGCCUGACCUUCACGACUCUGCAUUUGGCAGUGACAUUAGUCUUUCCGAGGAAAUUGACAAGUGGCCUACAUGUUUUUGGACUCAAUUAAAAAUUCUGUCCCGAAGGAAUUUUCAAGAAGCUCAUUACCGCAUGCUUUCCAGACUUAACUGGAUACAGACUGUUGGACUGGGAAUUGUGAGUGGACUUCUCUGGUUUCAAGUGGAAAGGACGGAAACUAAUCUCUCUGAUAUUCAAGGCUGGGUGGGUUUUGGUUUCCGUUUUCUUAUAACAGGGCAAGAUUUCUUAUUUGCUGAAGUUGUUUCUUUAUUUUCUCUUACAAACGGGACAAAAAGUUCUGGCGUUUUACUACUAAUUCCGUCCGAAAGAGAAGUAAUUAACAAAGAACGGGCGUCUGGAACUUACCGACUCUCUGCUUAUUACUUAGCUAAAAUGGUAGGUGAGUUACCUCUCACAGUCACCCUUCCUUCAGUGUUCCAUUGCAUCUCGUACUCUAUGUUAGGGCUUCACGACCCUCGGAUCUUCCUGAGUCUAUGGGGUUUUCUUCUUCUCAACACAGUAGUUGCUCAGAGUGUGGGACUCCUUGUGGGAGCGUUGUGUGUUGAUCUACAAGUGUCUGUGACAGUCUCCGCUUUGUAUUCUUUAUCUACCAUGUUGUUUGGUGGUUUCUAUGCCAAGGCCAUCCCUUCUUGGUUGCUGUGGUUGAGGUAUCUCUCUAUGGUUCAUUACGCAUUCAACAAUAUGCAGAUGAUUGAAUUUGGCGGUGACUUGUCAAUACGAUGUGCUUCGCAUAAUUCCCAGUUUGAGGCUUGCCGCCAUGGAAACAGUUCAGUCAUUCCCGUUGAAGAUAUCAUCGAACACCAAGGAAUCAGUCUCCCUCUAUGGGCAAAUACCAUGAUCUUGUUAAUAUUUCUAUGUGUAUUUCGCCUUAUGGGAUACCUUAUAUUAAGAUACAUCCGUAAGCCUAGAUAAAUUAGAAGUCAAAGAAUUUGGAGCUGAAUGAUGGCUACUUGAAUAGUUCGAAACUAGUUUUCAAUAUAGCAUCGAAAUUACUGAAAAAAUAAGUAAAAACAAAACUUUGCUCCAACUGAAAAUUUGCACGAACUCAUAAGUGUGUUUCCAGUAAAUUAUCUGAGUGGAUAAUUAUGCAUAAUCUAAAUAAUUCAAGCGUUAUUCUUCGUAAUAAUAUUAUCAGAUAUUUAAUUUGACAAGUGGUGAUUCUUUCUAGUGUGCCAAAGAAAGGGAGUUGUUAGGUGUUAACAAGCUCCUUAGCUUAGAAAGAUGGAAAUGGCGGAUAUUUUAAAAAUCUUCUACGAUUACCCACUUUACUAUUGUUAGUUUUCUUUGUCAUGGUAAAUAGAUUUAAAUCGAGCUCUACAUUUAGCUGAAAAGUUCCAGGUAUUUUGUUGGAUGUUACUUUAUACUUGUUGGUAGAAUAGAUAGCGAAAAGACACGGCAAUUGUCAAUCGCCGCGAUGUGAUUUUUUCAAAUAAUUCCCUUAACAAAUUUGUUUUAGUAUUAAGAAACAAAUACUUCACUAACUGUC